UGUUCAGCUGACUCGGCUGACUCCCAACAGUCUCAACAACUUCCAACUUCUGGAGCAGUAGUUUUUCCAAAGGAUUGGCCGGGACAAUCUCAAAUUACUCCUGUUUUCCUGAUAAAUGGCUAAUUAGAAAAAUGGGUUUAGCUGUGGGCAAGAUCGGAUUGAUCCUUCAAGUGUACUGAGAGCUUCUCUAGUUCCAAUGCGGACUGGAUUUAUUGACCUCAAGAACGACGUUCGUCGAUUGCCAUGUCAGAGAGCAGCGAUUCCGAGGAGUUCUUCGAUGCUGAGGAUGACAGUUUUCACAGGAGCACCAGACGGGGUAAAGUGAAGGAAUCGCCUGCACUGGAACCCCAGGGAGAGACUCCUUCAACUCCUAUGACUCCACCUGAUACUGUGUUUGUUAAGCCUGCCGAUCCCAAACCACAAUUGGAAGCUCAGAAUCAUGUCAACGUUAAUUCCACGACAGGGGAUGGCGAUGACAAGCCGACUCGCCUUGAGAAAAUCGUAAGCCGUCGAAAAUUUCGCGAGCUGCGUCAGCGGAUGGAGACAGAGGACGACGACAUCCCCAUCAACAACUCACCACCAGACAGCCAAACGUCAUCGAUCGAGGGUGUCUAUCCAACCCCAUCAAAAACCUCCCAUCCCUUCAGGAUAAUCGAACACGAUACCCUCAGUUUACAAAGUAUGACGUCUCUUGGUAGAGUUGGGAGAAUCUUAGCAGGUGGUACUGAUGGUGCAUCUACUGUUGUACCCUGUGGUGUUCCAGUUUCGAUGUCGAGGGAGGCACAGAUGGCAUCGCUGGCCAAUGCCCUCUCCAAAGACGAGGACUCAGCCUCAGGAAAGAUCUCCCAAUCCUCGAGUGUCCUCACACUCUCCGGUGACCUUGUCCAGGAUGUAUCUGUCAAUGGCAGAUCAGAAUACUCAAAGUGUGAUUCUAAAGUCGUUCUACAGGAGCCCGAUGUCAUAGCUAGCACAAAAAAUAAUGGAAAGAGUAUUGAAAGUCAGGAGGUGGUACCUGUUGCUCCACCGAGGAGAAAAAAAAAGUCCAAGCCACAAACACCAACGGAUCUCGCUCCCACCUCUGCAGAGGGAUCGAUGCCGGCCUCGUCCUUACCGAGUCCAGCAAGUACAAUUGAAUCGAUAACACGUGAAUUUGAACAUUCAUUGGAUAUAAGAUCAGCAACUAAAGGCCAAUACGUCGUUAAGCCACAGGACGAGGAUAAGUCCAAAGCAGAGGGUCCUUCGUCAGUUGAAUUAGAUAGACUGGAGAAAAUAAAGGCAGAACUGCUGAGUCUACGAUCGAGCGAUAAAUCAAACAGUCCCAUUGGCUCCAUAUCGAGCAAUAGCAUCGGCAGAUAUUCUCUGGGACCCCAGAGAUUUCCUGGCAUCAGUGCUCACAAUUCACGAGAGAGACGCAAGUCCGCUGGGGAUCAGGAUAUGGUUAAACAGCUCAAUAUGUUCGUCAGGACGAGAACAGAUUCCGGAAAACGUUUAACCGAUAUGGAAAUUUUGGAGCAAGUAACAGUAUUGAAUCUGGACACGGGUGAGCGAGUGCCAUUGAGUAUAGCCGAAGAUAAGCUUCCCCAGUGCAUGAAUCCACUUUCGCUACAUAUCAUGCGUCUGACCUCAGAAUACGUGAGUAACUCUAGUCUGGAAAAGGAGAAAGAGAGUGACGAGGAGAGUGUUGACAGUAAAAUGUCAUCAAUUCCUCCGGACGAGGAUGUGGCAGUGGGUCGUGUACGCAAGAAAACUCAAAAAUUCAAGAGAUUCCUGGGUUCGACAGUGAAGAAAACCAUGGACAAAGCUAAAUCAAUAGCCCAGGAGGUGUCCCACGCACGCCAUAAGGAGGACGUCAUGGAUAUUGUAGACGAUGUCUAUCCAGGUGAGCCCCAGGUGAUAAAACUCAAGGCCUCGAACAGUCACAAGGGGCCGUACGAGUUCUCGUGUCUGCAGCACGUGCAGGAUCUAAGUGGCGAGCACGUGGGCCCAGUCUGGUGUAUGAAGUUUUCAGCAUGUGGAAGACUUCUGGCUACAGCAGGACAGGAUCGUGUCCUGAGGAUUUGGGUGCUUCGAGAUGCCUUCACUUACUUCCAGGACAUGCGAACAAAGUACAACGCUGAGAAAGUAAGUCCCACACCUUCCCAGGAGUCCUUGGUGUCCCAGCAAUCGAUGGAGGAUCCUAAUGUGGCUGCCAGUGCUCUCAGUGAGAUCGAGGGGACGAAGAGCCCUUUUAUGCCCAAACCCUUUUGCACGUACCUGGGGCACACGUCGGACCUCCUCGACGUUUCCUGGUCGAAGAAUUAUUUUAUUCUGUCGUCCUCGAUGGACAAGACAGUGAGACUAUGGCAUAUCUCGAGGAAGGAGUGCUUGUGCUGCUUUCAGCACAUUGAUUUCGUCACUGCUAUCGUUUUCCAUCCGAGGGAUGAUCGUUACUUCCUGUCUGGAUCUCUCGAUGGUAAACUCAGAUUGUGGAAUAUACCGGAUAAGAAGGUCGCUGUUUGGAAUGAGGUCGAUGGGCAGACAAAACUCAUAACAGCUGCCAAUUUCUGUCAGAAUGGAAAGUUCGCGGUCGUUGGGUCUUACGAUGGCCGAUGUAUAUUUUAUAAUACUGAUCAACUCAAGUAUCACACGCAGAUCGAUGUGAGAUCUACCAGGGGGAAAAACUCUAGGGGAAGAAAAAUCAGUGGAAUCGAGCCAAUGCCUGGGGAGGACAAGAUCCUGGUCACAUCUAAUGACAGUAGAAUUCGUCUUUAUGAUCUGAGAGAUCUCAAUGUGUCGUGCAAAUACAAGGGAUAUGAGAAUGUCAGCAGUCAGAUUAAGGCUAGCUUCAGUCCUGAUGGACAGUAUAUUGUGGCUGGGUCUGAGAAUCAGUGUAUUUACAUCUGGAAGACUCAUCAUGAUUAUUCAAAAUUCUCGAGUGUCAGGAGGGAUCGCAAUGACUUUUGGGAGGGCAUAAAGGCACACAAUGCUGUUGUAACUUGUGCUGUUUUUGCACCAAAUCCUGAUUCUAUUAUCAGGCAGAUUGAGGCCAGGGAACAGUGGGAGGGAAGAGACGAUUCGAAAAAUGGGACUGCCACUGGGGCUAUUGCCAAUCCAGUUGAUCCUGUUGUUGAGCAGAGGACGAAGGGCUGUGGGGGGCAUGUUUUAGUCAGCGCCGAUUUCAAUGGGUGCAUCAAAGUAUUUUUGAAUAAAACCAAACCAAAACACAGUUCACUACCUGCUUCGGCACUUGCCUAAUUGGUGAGCGAAGGGGAGUUCAGAGAUCAUCAGUUAUGGUGACUUUUAUUUUUUAUAUUUUAUUGUGGAACGUUUUUUUCUGGGUCUUUUAUCCUGUGUGAGAAAAUUGUGAGGCUUUCGCUGAAGAAUUCUAUUGGAAUCCGUUGGGUUUUCGCUGAUUUCUGGUGGAAACUCUCUAGUACGUGCACUGAAUAAUCCCAACAUCUAAUCCCUUUCCGCUACCCAAUGAUAAUAAAAGAUCAUUUAAAAUUCCUUGUUAUGUUACAUUGAUCCAAAGCAGUGCUUUCGCAUCAACUUGCAAACUUCUAUCCCCACUUAGUGGAUUAAGCUAUCCUGCACACCGCGAAACCCGGGAGAAUUGCCCGAAAAAAAAAGAUGUUCAAGUGCAGAAAGAAACAUCAGAUGUGAGCAAAUGUUGUGUGAUAUAUAAGUAAAAAAUCGUAAAAAAUCGUG